UGCUGUGAUGAAAAGACUUUAUUAUUCUGUGCAUAUUGGUUCUGUGUUAUUGAAAGUGCUUUUUUAUAAUUUGUUUUGUGCUCCGGUUUUGAAAAAUGUGCCUUUUGUAUCAAGAUAAUGAUUAUUUUUGAAGAAAUGAAUAAUUGAGAAUUUCAUCGACCCGGAACGCCCCAUUUGCAUGCACGGCAAUGGCUGCUACGGAGGAUGACGUGUUUUACGAUGUUCUUGAAAAACACUGUAAAAUUAUUGAAUCAGCACUUCAAUCUAAAUGCAAUAUGAAUCAACAGGUUCGCGAGGAGGCCAGGCAGGCUUUGGGUCUCUGUGGAGUUAACAUAUUGUACGUGAUCACUGAUGUCGUGUUUGCCAGUUACAUCAAACUACAUGUACAGAUAGGGGCCCAGCAAAAAGUUACGAUCUACGACAGAGACACUCCGAUAGGAUUUAAAUACCGAAAAUAUAAACUGCGAAGCGAUGGGACGUUUAUUGCAGAAUUGCAUACGAUGAUGAGGUUUACAGCAAGAGAUGUCACUUGGAUACGUCCAACUCCGCAACCAGUCCCAUCAAUUCCUCGCUGGGAUCCGAUGAGCAGACGAUUCAUUGGUAGUGGUGGACGACGUAAAAUGAGAAAUAACCUUACAAUUCCUUCUCAAGAAGAACCUACAAGACCAAGCAGAAGGCGUACUUGGAUGCAAGAUGGAGGUAUGGUUCACAGAGACAGACCUCAAAUAAAUGGAGCAGUGCUCCACGCAAGAGAUGCUUUAGGCAUCAACAAUGAUGCUGUAGAUCAAGAUGAUGGUUGGAGGAAUGUACUCUUUCAAAGGCAGAUUUUUCGAAACCAGCAUAACCAACACAGGCCAAACAGGCUGUCAGUGUCUCUGGAUAACCUAUCUGUCAAUGAUUAAAACUGAAAAAUCAUUCUAUUAUCGACAAAUUUUUAGCCAA